UCUUGUCAACUAGAAGCUUCAUGAUGUUUACGGCUGUUCAUUAGAUUUUUUACUUUCUUUUUGUUUUUAAACGAUUAAUUGUGUUUAAACUUUGGUUUAUGUAAUGGGGUAAUGCUUUGUCUUGUUUUUCGCGAGAGAUAUUGGCUGUAAUGUGUUAUAUGUGCUUACAUAAAGAUGAGAAUCGCCAUUUCGGACAAGUAAAUAAAGAUACUGGUUGACUUAUUUGUUGCUAUGAAAAAUAUCAAGACAACAGCCAUUACAUGAACUUUUAACAGAACUUUAGAAAUAUACAAAGCAUGAGAGAUAUGCAUGGUACUUCACAGCAAAGUCUAUUGUAAAGUUUUUGUUUUCGUCCCAUAAAAUGGGUGGGAUAAAUUCUCUUCAUAACUCACGGUCAGUGGAAAAUAUCCCACGAAGACAAAACAAGGCUCGUCUGGAGGGAAAGAAAAAUGUUUCAAAGUUUGCAACACUUCGAAAGAAGUUUUCACGUCACAAGUCCUCCCACAAAACUCAAAACUAUGUCAAACAUAUCAGAGAGUUAACACAAUCUUGGAAUACACACCAGAUUAAUGCCCUUGUGGAGGAAUAUGAGUCACUUUCUGCUCUGAAAGAUUUAUCAAUUCAAACGAGCCUGGCUCGUCCACGAGUUAGAACUUUAAAGGAAGAUCUACUUGCAAUGUAUGAACAGCAAUAUUUCACAGAUGUUGUGUUGCAAUUCAGAGGAUGCGAGUUUCAUUGUCACAGAUUCCUAUUAUCGUUGCGCUCACCAUUCUUCCACACUAUCCUUGAAAAAAACCCAGGGCAUAAUGCAAAGAUACAGAUUGAUAUAGCAAACCCUGAAUUAACUGUGGAUAUAUUUAGAAUGAUGUUGCAUUAUCUAUACACAGGUGAUGUACCAACAUUUGAUACAGCUUUGGUGGAUAACUUAGAAAUCCUCAUGAAAAUGGGAGAUGAGUUUGGCACACCAAAUGUUCUGGAACUAGAUAUGAAUGUGUUACUAAAUACAAGCAAAUUCAGUGAUGUUAUUUUGGUCUUCAAAGAUAAUUUUGCAGGCAUACCUCAGACAAGAGAAAUUUCUGGUGUUGAGUCGUCAUUUGAACUGCAUUGUCAUAAGGCAAUAUUAGCAGCCAGAUCCCCAUUUUUUCACACAUUGCUAACAACUUUAGCCAAGGAAGGAGAUUUUUCAAAGCCAUUAAAGCUGGUCCUCGAUGAGAAGAUUAUCCCUCGGCAGUAUGGCAGAGUGCUACUACAAUGUAUGUAUCUGGAUUGUGUGGAUGUGUCUUCUGUGAUCAGAUGGGCUUUAGGUAGCGAUGAACGGAGUAUUGAGGAUCCACACAAGUUACUUACUGUUCCUGAGGUGGCAAUGGAAGUUUAUGAGAUUGCAAGAUUCUUGGAUUUUGCAACGCUUGAGCAAGGUGCAGAGGAUAUCAUCAUUCAAGAACUCUCCCCCAUGUCUCUACUGGCGUCGUUGGAAUGGAGCAACAAACCUCAUGGCUCACAUUGGGUCUAUCGACAAACUAUGCAUUAUCUGCGAGAAGAGUUUCUCAACCUUGUGCAUUUGGAUGUCUUUCUAAAUCUACCAAAACAGUUUCUUAUUGAAGCAUUGAAAUCAGAUUUUCUUCAGGCAAGUGAACAAGAUGUUCUUCUGGCUGUCAUGAAGUGGGGUGAAGCUCAAGUUUACAAAACGAUGUAUCCAUCAGAUGGGAAACUGGAACAUUAUACCAGCUCUUUAAAGCGGAGCAUAAGACGAAAAGACAUUGACGUGAAAUCCCUCAAACACGUUCUUCAUGGCGUUUUGCAACUAAUACGAGUACAGCAUAUACUUCCGAAGGACAGCAGCGUGCUGAAAGUUGCAAUACAACAAGGUUUAUUGCAGAAGAAAAUGCCAUUGGACAUUGGGGAAGGAGAGAGACAGCAAAGAUCAUCGUGGAUAAGAGUGAAUGAUGAUAGGAAAUAUGUAAAACCAAGAUUGUUUUCAGCCUACGUCGAUGAGGCAAAGGCUAUCAUGCGUGAACGAAUGGUUGAAGAGAUGGAAGUUGUUCGUCUUCGUAUGAUACGUCGUUCAGACAUGCCAGAUAUGGUAACCAGUAUAACCAGCCAGUAUUGUACCCCAGAAUAUGAAGAUGGUCCACCAUCUGUGAUCGCAAAUGAACUACCAUAUCCUGAUCAGAAUACUGUCAAAGCUAUGUUGAACAGAGAAAAAGAACUUAAGUCUUUUAAUCAAACACAACGGGCGUAUGCUCUUUCUUUAGGGGACGGCAGAGCCGUGAAUCACGAAGUACGAAAACGUGUUGUACGCGAAUUUGGUCUUCCCGACGUCGCCGUCGAGGUUCUCCGACAUGCACGGAAGAACACAGCCGAAGAUUUUCCGGGCAGUCAGGAGUCACUCUUGCUCAGCUAUUGCAGCAAUGAAAAGCUAAGCAUCCCAUCCGAUACUGAACCCGAUGUGACACUGGAUGUUCAAGCGAAGAAGAAACAGAAAUAGUUAUUGUGGGUGCCUGUAUGACACCAGGCUUAUUAACAAGAGCGACAAUACUCGCUCAAUAAAUCAUUUGCUGGACAAAUGACGUAAUGUAUAUGAGCCAGGGUGACAUAAUGGCGUAGAUCUUACUCUACUGAAUAUCACAUCACAUUUGGAUGCUCAAAAUUUUGUGUAUUUGCGUCAUGAAAUUACUACAACUUAUUAUAUAAGAUUUCUAUACAAGGACAAAACUUGUUAUAUUCCAUAAAGUAAUAUAUAUACAU